UUCAGUCAUUGCUUAAUAUCGAUCAAUCAACAUGUUGAAGUUAGUCGUAUUGUUAUGUGCUGUUGCCUGUGCUUUGGGUGCUGCUGUGCCUGAGGGUAUGCUGCCUCAAUUGGAUGGACGUAUUGUGGGCGGUGCUGCUACCACCAUCUCGUCCUUCCCCUGGCAAAUUUCCCUCCAACGUUCAGGUUCUCACUCUUGCGGUGGUUCUAUCUACAGCUCUAAGAUCAUUGUUACUGCUGCUCAUUGCUUGCAAUCAGUGUCUGCCUCUGUCUUGAAAGUACGUGCUGGUUCUUCCUAUUGGAAUUCUGGUGGUGUUUUGGUCAGUGUUGCCGCUUUCAAGAAUCAUGAAGGUUACAACUCCAAGACUAUGGUUAAUGAUAUUGCCGUCAUCCGUUUGAGCUCUUCCUUGACUACAUCAUCUACCAUUAAGACUAUCGGUUUGGCUACCGCUGCUCCUGCUAACGGUGCUGCUGCUACCGUGUCUGGUUGGGGUACUACCUCCUCAGGUGGUAGCAUUCCCAGUCAAUUGAGAUACGUUGACGUUAAGAUUGUUGGUCGCACUCAAUGUGCUUCUUCCACCUAUGGUUAUGGUUCUGAAAUCAAGGCUAGCAUGAUCUGUGCUUACACUGUCGGUAAGGACUCUUGCCAAGGUGACUCUGGUGGCCCAUUGGUCUCCGGUGGCCGUUUGGUUGGUGUUGUUUCCUGGGGCUACGGUUGCGCUGCUAUCAACUACCCUGGUGUAUAUGCUGAUGUUGCUGCUCUCCGUUCCUGGGUUGUCAGUGCUGCUAACUCUGUUUAAAUUUAAAUUGAAUAAAAUUUUGAUUAACUAUUAAAA